GCUGCCGCCGAAAGGUUGCAUCUAGCGGAUGAGCGAGGAGGAGCUUGAGGUCCUCCGCGCACAACUCGACGAUUUGUUGGCCAAGGGCUGGAUCCGCCCUAGUAGCUCCCCAUAUGGAGCACCAGUUCUCUUCGUCCGGAAGAAGAACAAGGAUCUACGAUUGCGUAUCGACUACCGCAAGCUCAACGCACAAACCGUCAAGAAUGCGGGGCCUCUUCCUCGCAUCGACGAUCUUCUUGAGCGAUUGGGCAGCGCAAAGUAUUUUUCUAAGUUGGAUUUGAAAUCAGGAUAUCAUCAAAUCUCGAUCCGGCCGAACGAUCGCUACAAAUCCGCGUUUAAGACGCGGUACGGGCAUUUUGAGUGGGUGGUCAUGCCUUUUGGCCUCACCAACGCCCCGGCGACCUUUCAAGCAGCAAUGACCAACGAGUUCCGUGCAAUGUUGGACCGGUUCGUGCUGGUCUACUUAGACAAUAUUCUCGUCUACAGCCGGACAUUGGAGGAUCAUCUUGGGCAUCUUCGACGAGUGUUGGAGACGCUUCUCCGCGCCAAGUACAAGGCCAACCGCGACAAGUGCGAAUUUGUCCGGCAAGAGAUGGAAUACUUGGGCCAUUUUGUCACACCGGAGGGCAUCAGUCCGCUAUCGGACAAUAUUCAAGCCAUCCAAGAGUGGUCGGAGCCUCGGAACGUCAUGGAUGUCCGCUCGUUCCUUGGUCUCGCCAGCUACUAUCAGCGUUUUAUCAAAGGCUACUCGAAGAUCGCGGCCCACUUGACCAAGCUUCAAUGCGAGUAUCGACCGUUUGACUUCGGAGAGGAGGCGCGGGAAUCAUUUUUGGCUCUCAAAGCUGCGCUAUUGUCUGCGGAGGUCUUGCGGAUAUACGACCCGCUUUUGCCUACGCGCGUCACUACGGAUGCGUCAGGCUAUGGCAUUGGUGCAGUCCUCGAGCAACAUGAUGGUGUGGACUGGCACCCGGUCGAGUAUUUCAGCAAGAAAGUGCCCAUCGUGCAUUCCAUUGACGAUGCACGCAAGAAGGAGCUCCUCGCCUUCGUCCACGAGCUCAAGCGGUGGCGGCACUUUCUCCUUGGUCGAAGUCAAUUCCGAUGGGUAACGGACAACAAUCCGUUGGUCUUCUAUAAGACCCAAGACACCGUCAACAGCACCAUCGCUCGAUGGAUGGCUUUCAUCGACCAGUUCGACUUCUUUCCCGAUCACAUUCCGGGGAAGUCGAACCGUUUUGCGGAUGCUCUUUCACGACGUCCGGAUCAUUGUACCACGGUCUACUCAACCUUCGAGAUCGACGAUGACCUGCGGAACAGCUUCAUCCGCGGCUACCAAGCCGACCUCGAGUUUCGCGAAUUGCUCCUCUCCUAAUCCGGCGCCUUCUCACUACCGGAUCC